CAAGAGCCUGGGGCUAGUUUCCAAUUUCCGUUCUACCAGCCCUCUGCCAUGAAUAUACUGAAGCAGUAAUGGCCUACCUUCUAAAACACAUAUUCCUGCUAAACGACCCCUAGGAACCGUAUAUCUAGCGCCAUGAUUGUGUUUGAAGACCGGUUUUGGGGCGAGAAAAAUGCGGGAUUCGAUGUGCUUUACCAUAACAUGAAAUAUGGGAAUAACGCGAGUACAAAACUAGUAGAGUUUAUUCGCGAGAGAUCCGCUAUCGAAGAGAACUAUUGUAAAUCAUUGGUUAAGCUGGCGAAAUCAGCAUGCUCCGCCUCUCAACUUGGGACAUUUGAGCCAUUAUGGGGCGUUUUGAGGGUUGCAACCGAGAAACUGUCGAAUGCACAUCAUCAGGUAGUUGUCAGGUUACAAGAGCUUGUGAAAGAAAUCAAGGAAUAUGGGGAUAAACAAAAGGAGAGACAUAAAGCGGCUAAAGAUGAGUUCACAACCACUGCAGAGAUUGUUCAGACGAUACAGACAAUGACUGCAGCCUUGACAAAGGCAAAAGAAACAUAUUAUGCAAGAUGCCAGGAAUUUGAAAGGAACAAGCGUGAUGGAACAAGUACCAAAGAGUUAGAGAAGGCUGAAGCAAAAAUGAAAAAAGCAGCUGAAGAAUACAAGGCACUGGUUGAGAAGAGGGAAAUCAUCAGAAAUGACUUUCAUGACAAGAUGGUGGACACUUGUCGAAAAUUUCAACAGAUUGAGGAGGAGCACUUACAGAUUAUAAGUCGUCACCUGGAGACAUACAUCGGCUCACACAUGGCUGGCUGGGAGAUUAUGGAGAAAGUUCAUACAGAAUUUCGGGAGCAAGUCGCAGCCUUGGCUGUGGAAAAACUGCUUGAUCAGUUUGUGCGCAGUAAAGGGACAGGAAUGAACAUUCCAGAAGUUAUUACAUUUGAAGAAUAUGUGGCUCAACCGGAGAGUGCAGUCACCGAAAACAGCUCUCCAAGCAUAAAUAAUAAGUUGCCAUCAGUUCAUAGCUUCCCAUUGCCACACAAGAAAAAGAAGAAAGAUAAGAAAAAGAAAAGAAGCAAGAAGAGUAAGGACAAAGGACAGAACCAGAGCCAGGACCAAGAACCCCAUGAAAAUGGACCAAUUGAAUCUCCAACAAGUGAAGGAAGUGAGGCAGCUGCUGCUGGCUUUGAGGUUGAUGAAGAGGGAUAUCGCAUCAGACCCCCAGACACAGAAAGCGCAAAGUCUGGAGGAAACUCUUCAGAUUCUGACUCAGACUCUGAUUCAGACGAUGAGCCAAGAAGAAUCCAAGUCACCAUCAAGCCUGUGGAUGAUAUCAUGUCCUCGACUGCUUCUGUGGAUGAGAUAAAGAAAAUCACAGGAUCACUAAGUUUGUCCUCCCCAGCAUCCAUGAGGAAAAAUUUAAGUUCUUCUUCAGGGUUGAAUGUGAGUGAACCAUUCAGAUCAAGAGCAAGAACAUCUGGUGAUAUUACUGCUAAGGUCUCCUCCACCAAACUAUCAAGAUCAAGCGAUGAUCUGUUGGAUAUUGACUUUGGACAUAACUCCCCUUCCCUUGCCAGCCCAAGUAGUGAAUCAAGCCUGUCAUCCACUAACUUUAAGUCUCCUCUCAGCAUGCAGUCCACUGCUAAUAGUGACGCUAGCACCAAGGGGAUGGCAGGAGAUUUCAAUGCUUUCAAUGAUGGCAGCCCAACACAUGCAGGGUUUGCGACAUUUACAAUAGGAGAUACAUCAACACCUAAUAGUAAUGGUGUGGAUACUCCGCCAGUGUUACCGAAGAAGACAAGUGUGACAAGUCUCUCAAGCAUCAAGAGUGAUGAGUCUGUGGCCCCACCCCCGUUGCCGGCCAAAAGGGGCGGAGCUGGCUCAUUACCAGAGCUGCCUGCCAAUCUAGGUUUGGUGAAGCGUAACAGCACAGGUGAAGACGCUUCCAAGACAAUGCCAUUCCUGAUGAUGCCACCUCCUGGUGGAGAGGGUGGGAGGACUGCCUCUAUGGGAGGGGCUGUGGCAAGACCACGCCCUCGUGGGGACCAGAAAAAGCCAGUAGGCUUCACCUUGCCACAAACUUCCUCAAGUCAGAACUCCAUGUCAUACUCACAAGAGCUUUUCUCGUCAAUGGUGGGCUUUGCAUCUCAAGACAACACAAAUGAUUCAGACGAAACACCCAAAAGCCCAAAUACUCCAUCCAAAGUCAGUUAUGUGGGGUCUAUGCCUCUGCUGGAUGCUUCUUCCCCUAAGACCGAGGUCAAGACUAUGUCCAAGGCAUCCACAACAACGUCACUCAACUCAGAAGAGUCAAGCAGUAGGUCUGAGGAGGCUGCUGGCUUGCACAGGUCAAAGACUGUUGGUGCCAUGCCAAGUAUAAAGACAUCUGGGAGGAGAGAAGAAGGCUUCCCUAUCGCGGUUGCUUUUAUAGAAUCCGUAAAUGCAUUCUUUAGAAGCAACGACCAGAAAGGGUGCAUGGUGAAGGUGACUGGAGACAUCACAGUGUCGUUCCCUGCAAGCUUGGUCACACGCUUAUGCAAUAGAGAAUCCUCCCCACUGCUUACAUUCCAGAUCAAGGGCACAUCAUCAUUAGAACAAAUCCUUCCAAACAAAUCACUUAUAUUAAGUGAGGGCCAGUUGAGUGGUGGAGAUAUCGUCAGUUAUAAAUUCAUCAUGCCGUCACUUAUUGAGCACCUUCGAAAGCAGCUAGAGGCUACUUCAUCUGCAUAUUAUAACAUAGAUAUAAUGAAAUAUGAGGUACAUACAUCAGGUAUACAAUCGACACCACUUCAGCUUUGCAGUUACUGGAAAUGUGAACAACCUACCACCAACAUACGGAUUGACUACAGGUACAACUCGUCAUGCAUGUCGGCACCCUGUCCUCUUAGCAACGUGUCCAUCAUUGCUCCAGUGAAUGGUGGAGUCACUAUCAUGCAGUCAAAACCAUCUGCUACUUGGUCUGCAGAGAAUGAAAGAGCUGUUUGGGUUAUACCAGAAAUUUCAAGUAGCCAAGAGCCAGAUGGCUCCAUGAGGGCCAAGUUUGAUUUGUCUGGGGGGCCAAGUACGCCAUCAAGGAUUGCUGUGCAGUUUACAUGUAAUGGUGCAACAAUCUCAAAACUGAAUUUUGAACUAAAAAGUGAAGAUUACCGACUCUCUCUGGUCAAGAAAAAAUUUUCAUCAGGGAGGUACAUUGCAGAGAGCUAGCCUCUCGUGUGGACACCAUGUUUCUACCCUAAAAAUAGAUAAUUUUGCAAUGACAUUUAUAUAGAGCCUCUAUAAUUACUUGCCCCGAAUGGCAAGGGUAAAAAUUAAUGAAGGAUCGGUAAACAUUAAAACAAUCAAAAAUAAGCCUCAUUAAAUUAUCACUUUAAUCAUCCAUUGCAGUUCAAAGUGCAUUGGAACAAUCACAAAAUAGUUUUUCAUCUAUCUAACUGAAGUCAUGUGUUUUUUUCCCAAGGUCCCUAAGUUUUUACAGCCUUAAAAAUAUUAUUCUAGACUGCCAAUUUGUACCUACUUUACAAAUUGAGGUCCUUGUUUAUUAGAUAGAUGUGGUUAGCACCCGGGGGGGACUCCAAUAUUAUAAUGACGGGGAUGCUUGUAGGGAAUUUCAUUUUUACCCUUAAAGGUACCAAAAAGGGCGUGGCUCAAGCCACUUUUUACCCCUAAAAGGUACCAACGAACAACAUACCAAAGUACAUUUGUAGUUGAAAAGCAUUUACAUCCAUUUCAUUAACCUUUUUUUAUACCGAAGUAGCAGCUUGUUCUGAACCCUUAAAGGUACCGUGUCAAAAAAGAAUGCAAGCGCUUGAACUCCAACCCCCUAAAAGGCACCAAACCCAAGAUUUUUACCCCUUAAAGGUACUACGAGCAUCCCUGUCAUCUUGGUAUAGGGAGUCCCCCCGGGGGUAUCCUAGUUUAUUCAAACAGCAACCUUUUAUAUUUCAAACAGCAAUCAUAUAUUUUUUUUUCAUGUGAUGGCUAUGUGAGGGGUUUAUUAAAUAUUCACAAAUGUUUGCUUCCUAGCUUGGACAGAUUCUUCUAAAACCUUUUUUUAAGUAGAGGGGUGAUAUUUUUUCUGUUGAAGUUGUUCAAACGUUGGAGAGUUCAAGCAAGCAGCUCAAAACCUUGUUAUUUUAUAGAAAAUGUAUGAGUUGAUGGUUGUGCAAUGUUGGUUUUGCUUUGAUAAAGCAGAGCUGAAAUAAUCCAUAAUCUUUAUUUGGCAAUAAGAGGGACCUUGGAAAAUUAUAAUGAAAGAGCAUUGCUUUAAAUUGGUGAGUUGAUGAGUUAACAUGCAUACCAACACAACAAUACACUUCUAGCCUUCAGGCAAUAAGAAAAAGUGUAAAUUGGUUAUUCUUGUAGCUCUAAGAUUUUGUCUUACUUGGAGGUGUGGUAUGGUCAAUUGUAGCUUUUUACCUUCAAAAUUUUAUUUUAUGCAAACAGUUGAAUAUUAUAGCAACUGUGUCAUGUGAAUUCUGCAAACAAAUAGAUCUUUGUAGAAAAAGAUGUAAAUGAAAAUAAAGUUUUGCAUUACUUGAAAAAA